AUGGAGGCGCUCUUCUACGACCACGCCGCCACCAGCACGGCAACUCGCCAGGCUGACCUUCGCCAGGCCAUGCAAGCAUUUCUGGUGGACACUGCCUCGCGGUCGGCCGUUCAGCUCAUCGCCCUCCUCGUCCGCAUUCCCACCCCGUCUACCGUUUCUGUGGCUACCGACAGUGUUAGCGGCAGCCGCACCACCAGCAGCACAUGUGCAUCGCAGGAGGGCGGGGCUGUGACGACACGGGACGCCGCGACAGGUGAGGCAGCGGCAGCGGCGCCCCGUCGUAGUCGAACCGUGCAAAAGCUGGCGUGGUGCGCCUGGGAAGCUGAUCGACGACUUCGUCAAGCAGCCGAGGACGCGGCGGAGAUCAACAUGUGGAUCGCUCACGGUGAAUUCUCUGCGUCACUGAAACCCAGUGCCAGGCUCACCAGGCCGUCUAUCAGCAGCCCUUUCGUCGUCACAGCGGCCUUCUUGGCUCCGUAUACGCGUGGCGACCUAGUUGUCUAUGAGAGCUGGCAGCGCUGUGCCGAGGUGUGCACCGAGACACCAGCCGCUAGCGUGGCGCGCGGCUCCGCGUCGAGAACCACUCGAACAGUCUCACCACUGCACCGUGCUAGCCUCAUCGCCCUUUCGCUCGGGGCUCCAUCUCUGUUGCUGUCAUGGGCGGAGCGACCAACUCGCUGUCACCUCGAUAGCCUCCUCCUUCCCCAUCAGACUCUUCUGCUGGAUCUGUCGUGGUGGUUAGCAGCGGCUAGCGGGAGCGUAGGCACAGCGAACGAUACGGCAGCCGGCAGCCGAGUUAGCAACUCGGUGUUGCGAGACAUAUUUAUCAACGACGUGCAGCCUUCUCUAAAAUUGCCGAAGGGAGACAGUCGGUGCGCCGUCUGGAUCUCGUAUACCACCAUCUUGGCAUCACUCCACCCGCAGGUGAUGGGCAGGAGCGAGGGCGCCAACGGUGACAACGGAAACGUCGACGUGCGCGUAGCAGGAAGUGCGUCACGACGGGGUCGUGGUUGGAACACGCUGUGUGGCGACGUCUCCGGCGUGGAUGAGCAGGCAUUCAUGAAGACAUACGCCCUGAUCCGCCACCUGCUCAGCUCACUCAACGCCAGCCACUCUGGUGCUGUGGGCCGCACGCACUUUCUGCGCACUGUCCUGAGCUACGGCGGCCCUUCUUCUGCUUUGCGGCGCCAGCUCGUACACACCUGCAGUCGCGCCGCGCAUGGUGUCAUGGCGACCGAUGCAGCGCUGCUGCGCACUCGGUCUCUUGUUGACGUACACGCCUUGUUUGGCGUACUCGCCGGCCAGGACAAGGUAAACAUGUACAGUGAGGCCGCUGCGUUCGUGCGCACGGCACGACGUCGUGCUAGCGCCGGCCCGGAAUUGCAACAACGGCGUCAACGUAGUGCUGUUCAAAGCGCAUGGGUGCAGGUGGCCUCGUCCCCCUCUCCCGGCACUGAACAGAAGGCGGUGGCUCGUGUUUCAACAAGUGUACGUGACAACGCUUUCGUGGAUCGAGGUGCCAGAGCGCUUGCACGAAAACUACGACUGUGGGAGCGCAAACGACUGGGCAAAGGGGGGAAGCGAGGCGUGCACGUGCGUCCGCGCGACAAGGCAGCAAAGAGGACAAUGAAGCGAGCGCAUGCUGAAGCCGGCGGUGCUGAUUCUGAGCGCUUUCUCAUGCACGCUGUUGAAAGGGCUAGUCGAGCAGCGGCGAACCACAGGGCAGGGAAAAAGCGCGGAGCUGAGCCGCUGGUAGGUGGGGACGGCUGCCCUUCAGCCUCCACCACCAGAGUGGCGCUACGGCCGCAGAAGCAGAGGCGAACGAAUGCGGCGGCUGUCAGCGUUGGGCUGACCACUGACACAGCUCUUAGCUGGUGCGAGGAUGCGACUGGUAGUGGCUGA